AUGCUCAUUAAGGAAUUCCGUGUCAUCAACAACUGUACUGAAGCCGAGUACAAGAUCGGACAGCUUUACGCGACUGCCAUGGCUUCCAAGGAACAAACUGGUGGUGGUGAAGGCGUCGAAGUCAUCAAGAACGAGCCAUAUGAAAAGGAGAAUGGUGAAAAGGGCCAAUACACAUACAAGAUCUUUCGUCUAGCAUCGCGUGUACCAGGUUUUGUGCGUGCUCUUGCUCCUGCUGGUGCCUUGGAUCUUUAUGAAGAGGCAUGGAACGCUUAUCCCUACUGCAAAACAGUUUUGAAGGUUUGA